AUGGGCAUCGAUCUUCAGUCCCCGCGGGGAGAACUCCGAACUGCAUUCUACAACCCUCAUGAGGUCAAGCGACGCCGACGAACGUCCAGGAGUCAGUUCAAGACCCUCGAAAAAGCUUUUACCGAGAACCCAAAGCCCGAUGCAAGCACCCGCAGACACCUUGCACAGAGGCUUUCCAUGAGCCCCAGAGGAAUCCAGGUUUGGUUUCAAAACAGAAGAGCCAAGAGCAAG